AUGAAGUUCUUUGUUGGUAUCUCCGCCAUAUCCAUUCUUGCACUUUCCACAAUUGAUGCCAGUCUUGUACCGGAUAUCCUCGGGAUAGCUCCUAAGUUUCUCAGCAUUACCGCCAACCCUUCCUUCCAGGCCAAUGCGGCUAAUGCUCUUUCCAGAGCCAAGCAAAAAUUUUCUGGUUCAUCUAAAAGUACAUCGGUUACUGUAGUCGAUUACAAGAAUGAUGUCGAGUAUUUUGGUACUAUACAGGUCGGAACUCCUCCUCAGGAUGUCAUAAUUGACUUUGAUACCGGCUCUUCGGAUCUUUGGUUUGCCUCAACUCUCUGUUUAUUAUGUGACACACACAAAAACAAGUUUAACGCUUUUCUUUCAACUUCUUAUAAGCCAAGCUUAAAGACCUGGUCUAUUAGCUAUGGAGAUGGCUCGUUUGCUGGUGGCAACGUCGGUUAUGAUACGGUCUCUGUCAAUGGUAUUUCUGUAAAAGAGCAAGCAAUCCAACUUGCCAAGUUUGAAUCACCUUCCUUCAAGGAUAGUCCAGUUGAUGGUAUUCUUGGUCUUGGCUUCCGCUCCCUUUCAUCUGCAUUCGGCUCCAAUACCGUCAUGGAUAACAUGAUUGAGCAGCACUUGAUUGAAAAACCUAUUUUCAGUGUAUACCUUGGGAAAUCUGGCGAAGAUCCCGCUGGAGAAUUUAUGUUCGGUGAUUACAAUCCUGAUCAUAUUGGUGGCAGAUUAACCACUGUUCCAGUUGACAGUAUUGAUGGCCUAUGGAAAAUAACUGUCGACGAGGCAUCUGUUGGCUUUAAGACUGUCGACAAAUUUGAUGCUAUCAUCGACACUGGAACCACUCUACUUGUUUUCACUAAAGAUGUUGCCGAACAAAUUGCCCAAUUCUAUGAUGCUACUGAAGUUGGUGAUGGUACCUAUCUUAUUGACUGUGACACCUCCAAGUUCGAUCCUUUAGUGUUCACCAUUAAUGGCGCUGAUUUCGAAAUCCCUCCUUCCGAACUUGUCUUUGAAAAUAAGCUAGUAUCUUGCGUCGCUAGUUUUACUCAUGGUGAUUCUGACUUUGCUAUUCUUGGCGAUGUAUUCCUCAAGAGUAACUAUGUUAUCUUUAACGCAGAGGUUCCCCAUGUCCAAAUAGCUCCAAGCAGAUAA